AUUUCCCAACUUGAUCUCCCUCACUCUACUUACUCUUUUACGUUUUUCCCUUUUCCACUUGGAUUCAUUCCGCGAACCUUUUACAUAUUAUCGAAAAUCGGUAAUGCGCUGUGCCAAUGCCUGACUCAUCUCUAUCCCGACCUCUUACGCCGGAAUCACCAUUGGCGAGCAGCCUCAACCAUGCAACAAGUACCAUCGAUGACUUGACCGUUGCUCUCGCCAACUUCUCUCGUGUUCCAUCCCCGGAGCCUUCUUUGAUGUCGUGCUGUUGCGGACGCGACGAUUGCGAGAAUGCGAAUGCUUGGUUCUCGAUGAAGUCGAAGUUGGAAAGUCGCCUGAUACUCAGUGCAGAGGUUGGUCAGGCGUUACUUCAGCGACACGAAGCGUAUGUCCGUCGGCAAGGGGCUCGCGACGCCGACGAGCGAUGCCUCCAGGGAAGCGAAACAGAGGAGUGGGAGACGAAACUUAGAGUGCUUGCGAAAGAAAAAGAUGCUUUGGAAAAGCGUCUCACUCGAGCUCUUGUGAACACUGAAGUGACUGAGUUGUCGAACAAGACGCUUCUCCAGGAGCUGCAGGAGGCCAAGACCACUAUUUCUCGACUUACGGCGAAUCAUGCUCGCUCUGUGGGGUGGGAGACGCGGUUAUCCUCGGUCAUAAAGGAGAAGGACGACCUGCAACAAGAACGCGAAUUCGAAUCACAACGAGCUAGGCUGGCCGAAUCUCGUUUUGCCGCUCUCAAGGAGAAGACUUUGAAGCUACAAGCUGACGUCCGCCGGUUGCAAGAUGGCCUACAGGAGAAGAGAUUAAAUCGUUUAGAGUCGUCAGAAUUCAUUCUACAAGAAGCUCGCUCUCAGCUUGAAGUACUGCAACGAGCGUUCAGUCACCCAAGCAUCUCAGACCAACAUGAGUUCACCAAAGUUCUCGAGUCGCUUGUAGAUGAUAAUGAGUCCUUGAAGCGAGACAACGCGGAGCUCCAGCAUUUCCUCUCCGAGUCCCGUGAGGAGAUUCACGCGUUGCAAGAGGAAGUCGAGGAGUAUCCCGGAACGCCUCGGGCACCUACCUUUAGACACCAUUUCCACUCCGGGAGUAUGCCAUCAUCCAUACUCAGAGAACAAAUGCUAAAUCAGGAUCCUUUGACCCCCGAAUCUCAUAUGCGGCCUUUGUCGCCUGCCACCGACUCUACGACAGCUGGCUCUGAGAGAUGGUCGUCGCUCAGCCAGUCCGCAAGCGCGAUCGAAAUCAUGAACGAUAGCGAGCUUGAACCAUCUUCUCCUGAGAGGAGAAAGGUUCACAAGCCUCUUCUACUUCUCAGCCGAUCUCGCGGAGUUCAAACAGAUCCGUGGCCAAUAGCGGGGCUCUUAGCAGCAUCGUCAUUGGUAUCCCAAGGCAGCUCUUCAUCUCCACUGGAUCCUCGUUCUGAGUCAUCCUCGUUCUCCGAAUCAUCUUCCAAUAUCGGGCAGUUGAUCGAACGUGCCUCAAUACUUCUAAACCGGAUAACUCAAGCCGAUGCCUUAACUUUAACAAACCGGUUGAAACGGCAAAAUCUUCGCGGUGCUGAUGUUCGCCAUCUUUCACGCAGCACUGUCAAAAACAUCUGCUCGCGCAAAGAUCUUAGAUCUCUUUUCAAGUUACUCAGAGAUAUCUUUGUCGAAAUGGGAGAAAUGCGCGUGACGCUGAAUGAAGUCGUUCUUGAUCCUUCUAUAGCCCCGAAAGUCAGUGAAUUGGCUCUAAAUCCAUCUAAGGCAGAGGCAGAGGCAGAGAAAGAAAGAGGAAAGGACGGCAGUGGCGGUGGAGGAUGGAUGGCACCUAUCUCCAAGCUUUUUGGUUCACCUAGUAAUCGUCCUGAGAAUGGUAUAAUCGCCUCACCGUUUGGUCGGUCGAAUAGCGGAAAGGUUCCAUCCCGGCCCCCACGAUUCGUGCCCAAGCUUGGCCCUGUCUUGUCAGCUUCUGCUACCACUAUCAACGUGGAGUUUUCGGGAGCAGGACUGGGAGGGGCUGCAGGCCAAGGGGUGAUGGAUAUAUUUGCAGGUGCACCUCGACCACGCCGGGUGCAAUCUACGUUACGACCGGCUGCUUCUCCUUCUCCUCUGCGUACAAGUACAUCUAACCGACUUUCACGCAAUGUAGAUGCAGAUGAUUCCGAGGAACCCGACUUCCUUGGGCCACUCGUUGAUCACAGCCUGCGCCGUCGGGGGUUAUCUGAUUCAUCUAUCCAUUCAACGUUUAUUGCUGAGGAGAAACAUUCACCAGCAGUACCGGAUGACUAUCCGCAAGAGUCAGGCUGGCCCGACAGAAACUCUGUGCUUCAAUCACUCAGUAAGAAGGUGCAGAAUUUCAGGAUGGCAACAGCACCUUCUACUUCUUCGACAAGUAUUUCCUCGGUGCCAUCUGCCACGGGCAACAGCAUCAAGCGAGAUACGAACUCCAAAGGGAAGACACCUUCCCAGGGCUUUGGGGACCUGAUUCCCAGACUUUCUACGUGGGCGUCUGGCGGUCUUGAUCCUGUAAUUACGACCUCUCAGCCCUAUCUGGUUGGCAGUCCGAGGGACGAAUCGUCUCUCAUGGAACGGCCGCGUAGAGAGGAGCGGACAUUUGGUCGUCGACUUUAUUAGAGAACGCACCAAAACUAUACCCUAUAGGUGCAUCAUGUAUUCUAUCACGGAUCCGCGUGGUUGGAGUCUUGGAUAUCUGGAUAGUUGUUGUAUAAUAUCUCUUUUCUAUUGUAAUUGAUCGGGAUUUCUAGAGCCAUUGAUCAUGCGUCACCGACUUGCUUUUAAGCGCAUAUUUCAAUUUGUUAUUACAAGG